AUGGAAGGACAUAAUAGUAGCACCGAAAUCAUUCCAUACAACUCGCAUAGCCUCCCUCUUGCUAUCAUCAACUUUCUACUGUCUACGGGUGCCAGUCUUAGCAACGGACUGCUGAUAGUGGCGAUCAUCUUCGACCCUUAUAAUGACCUGCGCACACCAAGCGCAAUGCUGGUAACCAACCUUGCGAUCACAGACCUGUUAAACUCACUGAUAGCGGGGUAUGGCACGUUUAUCUACGACGUAUUUAAAUAUAAAAACUGGGCAUUCAACCGGACGGCUUUACUGGCGAUUAUCGUGACUAGCGCAUUGGCUAUCGUGUGUGGGACAUGGUGUAUGCUGCUGAUGCUAGCAGACAGAUACGUUGCUAUACUCCAUCCGCUUGUCUACAGGGUUAGAGUCACUCAUGCGAGAGUCAAGCUUGCUAUAGCGCUAUCAUGGGUCUACAGCCUGGUCUUCAACUCGUUACCUAUAUUGGGAGUGAGCAAGCAGCUCUAUGGAUUCAUCUCCAGCCAUUUACACGUGACAAUUCCUGCCUUGAUUAUCGGGACCGUCUACCCCAGGCUUAUCCUGAUUUUUCGAAGUCGACCUGCGACGUUAAGAACAGUGUUAGGUGGCGACGGAGCUGAUAGGGCGCCGCGCGGAGUUCGCCCUGGUCCCAGGCGAGACGGAAAGUUCACAUCUGCAAUCCUGACUUUGAUCGUUUGCUUUUAUGUGAGCUUUAUACCUUAUUUCAUCGCUCUAAAUAUUAUUUACUUGUAUCCACACGGCGAGAACAUCGUCAGUUUGCAAGUGUUCGUCGAAGUGGGUUUUGUUGUGCUGCUCUCGAGUGGUCUUCUUAAUCCUAUUGUAUACGCUUUGCGCGUUCCUAAGUACAGAAAAGCCAUUAAAGCUAUACUCGGUGUCACGCGGAACGUUGUGCUUCCAUCAAGCGCCGAGAGCAGCUUGUGACAAUAUUUUCAAACCCGAGAUCUCCCGCUCCAUUCUGGGCAAACUUCUUCCCUGAGGAAUAAAGGGCCAUCCGUUAGAAGUGAUUUAUGGAUUCAAAUUAAUCUGAAUUUUUUUUUUUCGUCGGAUUGGCUUGAUACUUUACUGUUUUUUACCCGCCGCGAAGUGAUUUCUGUUUACUGCUAGAAAGGCCUCUUUUCUCUGUAUUUCGCGAGCAGGGAAUGCAUCUGUUACAGUUAUUUGCUAUAUAUUUUUUUCACACCCA